AUGAUAAUACGAUAUGAUGACAAUGCUGCGGUUGUUAUUGAUCAAGAAGGAAAUCCAAAAGGAACUCGAAUUUUUGGCACAAUUGCCCGGGAAUUAAGACAAUUAAAUUUCACUUACAUAGUUUCAUUAGCACCUGAAGUAAUGGAACGUCUACCAGUACUCAUCAAGAGCAAUGGACGAUGGAAUGAAGAUCACAAUUAUGUGAACUAUGUGGCUAGUGGAGAAUUCAUACCAACAAAAUGCAAGUACGAAGAGCUACUGCAAAUACUGCUUACUUCAUUGGGUUGCGAAAACACCAGCACAACACUACAAAUACAGUACCAAGCUAAAGAAGGAAUACCACCGAUCAAAAUAUGCAACGAUCGAAGCCUCUACUUUUACUUGGAAUUGAAAAUGAAGGAAGCAGAUUUCACUACAUAUCCACUAUGUGUCAACCAGCAAAACAACAACACAACACCUGCUGCAACACCAAAUUCGAUAUCCACAACAACACCGUAUGAAUAUAAUGUGGCAAUGAUCGAAAACAACACAACAACGCUUGAAAACAACAUAACAACAACAGAAUCAUACACAACGGGACAGCAAAUAGAAGAAGGGGAAAAGUCAGAAACAAUAGAAGAUGAGGAGGACAAAUUCGACAUAAUUGACUUUGCAAAUUUGGUUGCUGAAGAAAUGGUAGAACAACUUGAAAACACCAGUAAAAAACUGGAUCCAAAAAUCGACAUCAACAAUGCAAAGUUAAUAACAGACAAGCAACACCCCGAAGUGGAAAAAGGACAGGCAUACAAAGACAAAGAAACUCUAAAAAAUGUCCUCAGCUACUACGUAAUCAAAAACAACUUUCAGUACAAAGUGUGGAAGUCCUGCUCUCAAGAGUACAGUCUGAAAUGUGUUUACGAAAGCUGCAAUUGGUCACUAAGAGCAUCGAGAAAUGGCCCAACAAACACAUUCAUAAUCAGGAGGUUCUCAAAUAUGCACACAUGCCCCAUAAAUAUUAGGCAUGAAGACCAAAGGCAAGCAACAUCGAAACUGAUAGGGGAAUGCAUAAAACCGAAGUUCUUGAACAUAAAGACCAAGGCAACAGCGAUGGACAUAAAAGGGGAGUUGAAAUACAGAUAUGGCAUCAAAAUGAACUAUAUGAAAGCUUGGAGAAGUAAGGAACAUGCAGUAAACGACUGGAGAGGUAAUGCUAGUGACUCGUACAGCCUAAUACCGAGUUUCUUACACAUGGUGGAAAAAACAAACCCUGGAUCAUUUGUCGAUCUGAAAACGGCAGAAGACAACAGCUUGCUCUUUGUUUUCAUGGCGUUGGAUGCAUCCAUAAAAGGGUGGGGAGCAUGCAGACCGAUAGUUGUUGUGGACGGAACGUUCCUCAAAGCAGCUUAUGGGGGAACUUUGUUGUGCGCAUGCACACAAGAUGCGACGAGUCAUAUUUUUCCACUAGCGUUUUGUGUUGCAGAUUCUGAGAAUGACCAAUCUUGGAAAUGCUUCAAACAACAUGCUGCCAAAUACAAUCUGCCAUUCUUUGGAGCAGUCCAAGCCUACACAGAAAAGCAAUUCGAGUUCCACAUGGCUGAAUUGGAUGGAUUGGACAAACGCAUAAGACCUUACCUAAAAAAAAUCGGUUAUGAAAAGUGGUCAAGAAUUCAUAGCCAAAACAAGAGGUAUUCCACAAUGACCUCAAACAUAUCGGAAUCCUUUGACGUCGCAAAUUUGGCAGCAAGGGAGCUACCAAUUACAACGCUGCUAGAAUGCUUGAGAGCAUUGGUGCAACAAUGGACCCAUACUAAUAGGACAAAAGCACACAACACCUUCACUAAGCUAUCACCAACUGGAGAAGACAUACUGUUGAAAAAUUACACAUACUCAUUGAAUCUGGAGGUUAAAGCAACAACAGAUUACUUGUUUGAGGUAACAAGAAUGAAAGAAUCGUGGGAAGUAGACCUAGAAAAAAGAACAUGCACGUGCAACAGGUUCCAAAUAGAUGAAAUGCCAUGCGGGCACGCUGUGGCCGUGAUGAGGGAGAUGAACAUGGACCCGUACACCUACUGUUCAGAUUACUACACAAAAAAAAAUUGGCUGGCAACUUAUUCAGGGACAGUGUACCCAAUAGGACACCAAAGUGAGUGGGAGGUACCGGAAGAAGUGAAGAAUAUUAUAGUCUUGCCUCCACAUGAAAGAGUAAAAUCAGGAAGACCAAAAACAUUAAGAAGGAAGGCUGGAUGGGAAAAGGAUCAACAGAACAAGUGCAGCAAAUGUGGUGAACUGGGGCAUAACAAAAGAACAUGCAGCAGAAGACGUAGAAGGGAAUAA